AUGCAGCCGUUAAUGCCCGAGCCUCCGAUUCCCGUGGAAAAAACUCUGGCCCUCAUCAAGCCAGAUGUCUUUGAUAAAGAAGAAGAGAUCGAGGAUAUCGUGCUGAAAUCAGGAUUCCUGAUCGUUCAGAAACGGAAGCUCCAACUAAGCCCAGAACAAUGUAGCAAUUUUUAUGCAGACCAAUACGGAAAAAUGUUUUUUCCCAAUUUAACAGCUUAUAUGAGUUCUGGACCUUUAGUUGCUAUGGUUCUUGCCAGACAUAAUGCAAUCUCGUACUGGAAGGAGCUGCUUGGACCAUCGAACAGCAUAAAAGCUAGGGAAACUCACCCUGACAGUUUAAGAGCCAUCUAUGGGACUGAUGAUCUGAGGAAUGCACUUCAUGGCAGUCAUAACCUUUCCUCAGCAGAAAGAGAAAUUCGAUUCAUGUUUCCAGAAGCAAUCCUAGAGCCAAUUCCAACUCGACAAGCAGCUGUGGAUUACUUGAACCUUUAUGUAAAUCCUACUCUGCUGGCUGGGCUCACCGCGCUUUGUAAAGAGAAGCCAGCAGAUCCAAUGACUUGGCUCGCUCAAUGGCUGAUUGAGCACAAUCCCAAUAAACCCAGGCUGCAACUUCAGACCACUGAGGCAGAGCCUCAAGAAUGAGAGCUCAGGGGAAAUCAUCUCAAGCAUUCCAUGUUAAAGAUAGGUAUUAGCAUUUUCCAUGCAUUUCUUGG